UUCCUGUUUAUCUAUGACAGGUCGAGCCAUUGAAGCCACAUUUUUGUGUGCAGUGUCAGCCUAUAAACAUUAAUGAAGUAGGAUUACUCCUAACAAAUAAUGAAUCCUUUUACCGUAAAUAUCAAACUCGCAGCUCGGACUUUGACUGGCACGCUCAAUUUGCAGAACAAACCCGCUGCAGAUUGGGGUUGGCAGGGCCUGAUAGCUCAGGGAUGUCACUCUAGCAUCCUUAUCAUCGAUCCGAAGACAGCUCAGACCAUACAGGUUCUAGAGAGGCACAAAGCCAUCGUGGUCAAGGUGAAAUGGUCCAGAGAAAACUACCACCACAGCUUGAGCUCACCCUACUCUCUGCGGCUGGCUUCAGGAGAUGCCUCAGGGAAGAUUAUUGUGUGGGAUGUGGUCAGUGGCACUGCUCACUGUGAGAUCCAGGAGCACUCCAAACCAAUCCAAGAUUUGGAAUGGCUGUGGAAUCAGGAUGCAUCUCGUGAUCUCCUGUUAGCUGUCCACCCCCCCAACUACAUUGUGCUGUGGAAUGGUGACACAGGCACCAAGCUGUGGAAGAAGAGCUAUGCUGAGAACAUCCUCUCCUUCUCCUUUGAUCCUUUCGACCCCUCCAACAUGGCCUUGCUGACUAGCGAGGGGAUCGUCUUUAUCACAGACUUCUCGCACUCCAAGCCACCAGGGAAUGCCGGUAAGAAGGUCUAUAUUGCUAGCCCCCAUGCUAGCCCUGCUCACACUAAGCCUGCUCCUGCUGCUGCCCCUGCCCCCACUGGUGCGAAGAAGGCCCUUAACAAAGUCAAAGUGCUCAUCACCAACGAGAAGCCCACUACAGAGGCGGUGACUCUGAAUGACUGUCUGCAGCUGUCCUACCUACCGUCUAAGAGGAACCACAUGCUGCUGCUUUAUCCAAGGGAGAUCCUCAUCCUGGACCUGGAGCUCAGUCAGACUGUUGGUGUGGUUGCCAUUGAGCGUUCUGGGGUGCCUUUCACUCAGGUGAUCCCAUGUGCCCAGAGGGAUGCCCUUUACUGUCUUCAUGAAAAUGGAUGUAUCACCCUCCGAGUGUGUCGCUCUACGACCGCCUCCGAGGAAGCAACGGAUCCAGAGCAGAGCGUCCAGGAACUUGUGUAUGACCUGCGCUCCCAGUGUGAUGCCAUUCGUGUUACCAAAACUGUUCGCCCAUACCGCAUGGUUAUCUGCCCCGUUAAUGAGAACAAUGCUGCUCUUAUGGUCAGCGAUGGCAGAGUCAUGCUAUGGGAGCUCAAAACCCACACUGGCAAAACAGUCACCAACCCAAGUUCGGGUCUUUCCCCACUCUACUCCCCUGUCUCAGUCUGUGGAGGUCUGCUGGGACAGAGCCAGAAAAGAAUCCAGGAUCUCUCCCUCAAUACCAUGAUUGGCCAGACCCUGAUAGCUGGAGAGGCUCCUCCCCCAUCAUCCAGCCAGCAGGAGGUGCAGCUGAAGUUCCUGUUGACAGGACUGCUGUCUGGGCUGCCUCUGCCCCCUUUCACCAUCCGCAUGUGUCCACCUCUAACCACAAAAAAUAUCAACCACUACCAGCCCCUACUGGCCAUAGGGACCAGCAAUGGGUCCGUGCUGGUAUAUAACUUGACCAGUGGUGUUCUCCACAAGGAGCUGAGUGUCCACUCUUGUGAAGUCAGGGGGAUUGAAUGGAUGAGUCUUACCAGCUUUCUGUCUUUUGCCACCUCUGCUCCAAACAACAUGGGGUUGGUGCGGAAUGAACUGCAGCAUGUUGAUCUGCCCACUGGCAGGUGCUUUCCAUUCCGAGGUGAGCGAGGGAACGAUGAGUCGGCCAUUGAGAUGAUUAAAGUCUCUCAUCUUAAGCAGUAUCUUGUGGUGGUAUUCAGAGAUAAGCCCCUGGAACUGUGGGACAUCAGGACAGGAACCUUGCUCCGAGAGAUGGCCAAGAGUUUCCCCGCUGUCACUGCACUGGAGUGGUCUCCUUCCCACAACCUGAAGAGUUUGAAGAAGAAGCAGAUGGCUGCCAGGGAGGCCAUGGCCCGGCAGACGGUGUCAGAUGCCGAGCAGAGCAGCGUCGAGUCGUCUGUCAUCAGUCUCCUGCAGGAUGCAGAGAGUAGGUCAGAGACCAGCCAGGCCAUCUCGGCCAGGGAGCACUUUGUGUUCACAGACACAGAUGGGCAGGUCUACCACAUCACUGUAGAGGGCAACACAGUGAAAGACGGCGCACGUAUCCCGCCCGAUGGCAGUAUGGGUAGCAUUGCAUGCAUUGCUUGGAAAGGAGAUACCUUGGUGCUUGGAGAUGUGGAUGGCAACCUCAAUUUCUGGGACCUCAAGGCCCGUUUGUCCAGGGGGAUCCCAACACACCGGGGCUGGGUGAAAAAGAUUCGCUUUGCACCAGGGAAGGGCAACCAGAAGCUCCUGGUCAUGUACACGGACGGGGCUGAGGUCUGGGAUACAAAAGAUGUCCAGAUGGUGAGCAGUAUGCGGAUCGGUCGAAACGUGAACUACCGCAUCCUGGACAUUGAUUGGUGCACAUCAGACAAGGUGGUGUUGGCCUCCGACGACGGCUGCAUUCGUGUGCUGGAGAUGGCAAUGAAGUCUGCCAGCUACCGCAUGGACGAACAGGACCUGAGUGACCCUGUUUGGUGUCCAUAUCUGCUGCUGCCCCGAGCCGCUCUCACUUUAAAGGCCUUUCUGCUGUUGCAGCCCUGGUCAGGAACCUUCACCAUGGACAUCACGCAAGUGGACUACAGUGAAAAAGACGAGAUAAAAGGCCUGAUACAGGAGCAGCUCAACUCCUUGUCUAAUGAUAUGAAGAGUGUGCUGCAAGACCCGGAACUCAACCUGCUGCAGCGCUGCCUCCUGGUCUCACGGCUGUUUGGGGACGAGUCAGACCUCAACUUCUGGACAGUUGCAGCCCACUACCUUCAAUCAUUUGCCCAUGCUCGCCUACUUAGCGUGCCCACAGCAGAGGGCCCGACCCAGAGUGAAGGAAUCCAUCCCAGCCCCCAGAACCACCUGGAUAUUUGUCAUGACACCCUGUGUGAAAGCUGUUACUUCCAGAAGUUCCAGCUGGAUCGGGUUCAUCUGCAGGAGGUGAAGCGGUCAAGUUAUGAGCACACCAAGAAAUGUGCUGACCAACUCCUUCUUCUAGGCCAGACGGAUCGGGCGGUGCAGUUGCUGUUGGAGACGAGCGCCGACAACCCCAGCUACUACUGUGAUUCGCUGAAGGCCUGCCUGGUGACUACCAUCACUUCCUCAGGCCCCUCCCAGUCUACCAUCAAACUGGUGGCCACCAAUAUGAUCGCCAAUGGAAAGCUUGCAGAGGGUGUGCAGCUGUUGUGUUUGAUUGACAAGGCGGCCGAUGCAUGCCGCUACCUGCAAACAUACGGGGAGUGGAACCGCGCUGCCUGGCUGGCUAAGGUCCGUCUUAACCCAUCAGAAAGCUCGGAUGUUUUGAAGCGCUGGGCCGAGCAUCUCUGCUCCCCUCAAGUCAACCAGAAGUCCAAGGCCAUCCUGGUGCUCCUCUCUCUGGGCUGCUUCCACAAAGUAGGAGAGAUGCUCCACAGCAUGAGGUAUUUUGACCGAGCAGCACUCUUCAUCGAAGCCUGUCUGAAGUACGGAGUGAUGGAAGCCAACGACUCCUCCAAUAAACUUAUAGGGGCGGCGUUUGUGGACUACGCCCGGUUGUUACGCUCCCUGGGCCUGAGGGAGGGCGCUGCUCUGUGGGCCUCGAGGGCAGGCAGCCCGGGAGAGCAGUUGAUGGAGGAGCUGUUCAAAGGAGAAGGCGCUGUGCCGGAGGCCGUGCCCUGUGAGGAGGGGGUGGAGCUGUGCCCGGAGAGCACCGAUUGACCACUAUGACUGCGGGAAAAGGAAAGAGUUCCUCUCCGGCGCAAGGGACCGCUCUUUGCAUCGGUCAACUCUGCUGUCGUGGAAGAAAGUGUAAAUUUGUCUUUGUGUUAUUGUCGAGGGGGAACAACGCCACCGUCCCGGCGUUUAAAGCAAAAGAGGACAGACAAGGAGUGUCCUCCGUGCUGCGUUGUCCGUUUAUCACUGGAGUCUGCUAGUGUUUCUUAUGUCCGAUGUGAGCAGUUUGCGCGUGUGUGUGUGUGUGUGUGCACACGUUACCUUUAAACCAGUGACGGCCCAAAAGAAUUUCACAUAGUCCUUCCCUGGGUAAAUGGAGUGAUGCUCAUCAUCAUUGUCUCUCUCGCGAUGGUUUAGCAUUAUGAAACUUCUCUGACGUGUGUUGGAUGGUUAUUUUUUGGUUUCACUUUAUUUUGUGUGCCUGUUUGAUGAAGAAUAUUUUGCAAAAAUACUGUGUACGUUCCGCGUGCAAACUUUCACUUCACCAACCUCUAGAGUCCAAGCUGAAAUGAUUGCACAGCCAGUUCAUUCCUAGAUCAUUUCCUGCUUUAUUUUCUAAAUGCACUAGUACAGAACCUUAACGAAAGAGAGUUUAUUUUUGCACUUUUCAUUCAGUUAAAUGCAUCGUAUUGCGUGACUGAUUAUUUUGGUCCAGCAUUUGUAACUGAGACACAAAGCAGAAUAACAGCCCUGAUGUAUGCACAGUGAACUGGGUGUUUGAACCACAGAGGGUAAUGCAGUGCACGUGACUGACCAAAGCCUGAUACCUCAGAGGGCAUAACAGCCGUUGUACCCUCAAAGGCAGUGAAUCAUCCAAAACUAUAUUGUAACACCCCCCCCACACACACACACACACACACACACACACAUUCUGUUGGAGGAGGGACUUUUCCACUGCCCUCAGUGUAGUUGUUUAUGAAGCCGAUACGAGUUGGAGUUUUCUGGGUUUUUUGGGGUUUUCUUUGUUAUAUUCCAGUUAAAAAAAUAAAAAAUUAUGAUAAUAUUGAAAGUUCUGAACAUUCUCAUUUUGUGAUGAAAGCAUGUGUUGUGCUGUACAAUUUCUAAUGUAUGUGGCAAAAAAAAGGAAAAGAUUAGAUAUUGAAUUGUUUUGUAACUAGUUUUUAUCAGAACACAGUAUCCUUCACAUGCCAAAAUGCAGCCGUAUGGGUCCCAUCAACAGACACCGCUAUUACAAAUCUGUCGCACAAUUUAGAAACUGGGUGUUUUUUUCUGUCUCCUCCUAAUCUUUCAACAAUAUCAACGAAUGGUCAAAAACGUCAUGGACCAAUCAAUGUGAAUGACAUUUUGUGCACAGUGAUUGUGUGUUUAAUUGCUUUGUAAGCUGUUAAGUUGUGGUGAAAUGACAUAGUACCUACGUCCGCAGGACCGUCAUUGUGUUAUCGUCUUACAGAGAUUUGCCGGUGCUGUUCCUCUGUAACACCGACUGACCCCCAGGCAGUAUCACUAUGGCCCACCCAGUCCUAUUUGGGGUUGCAACUGCUAUUUCCCAUGAAUCCAUUUCACUUAACCUCACUUAGCAUACAACCUUUAAGAGGACUGGGAUUGUCAUAUUGCCCAACUGCUAAUCGUGUGAUGUGUGUGUAGUUGCUACUACAUAUCCACCCCCCCCUUCAUAUCAUUCAUUAUUGUAGAAUAAUCUGCUGUAUUUGUCUUUGAUGGUUUGUCUCUAGAGUUCCAUUAAAACUUCUGCAAUGCUU